CGUCACCUCAUCCCCCAUUACCUCCUACUGGCCUGCUUUUAGUCUUUUAAAAAGCAUCUGCUGGUACAAUCGUGCCUACACCCAGUUACAGAUAAUGCAGCUUGAACAAAGAAGGCAAAGAGUAAACCAUCUGAGAUAAGCUCAUCAGUUUGCAUUCAACGUGCAUCAAACAGCAACAUGUUCCUAUUAAACAUUUGCGUCUGUGCCAGUCUCAUUCUGAGCCUUCCUCAGUGUACGCUCCAAUCGUGCACUGAAGGUAAACCCAAAGAGUGCCAAGAUGCUGAAUUGGCUCCAGGGUCCACUUUGGGUGGGGAGGGCUUUGAUAUCACCAAAAUGGAACGUAAGGGGGCCUUUGUGAUCGACAUGAAUCUGUGGAAACGAAAGGACAAGACAUGCACCCUGUGUACCAACCCCUAUCUGGAGAACAAAAGGCAGAAGCUGCCCUUGUCGGCGGUGGACUGGAGAGCAAAGCAGUCCUGUAGCAUGAAAGUGUCCAGUAAACUUCACCGAUCCAGUGAGUCCCUGGUUAGUGGAAGUACAGCUUCAGUGGAAAACAACUGGAAGACCAAUCUAGAUGUUAAUGUGGCCGAUAAAGGGGGAAACUUAAUGUUGGCUGGCUCUCAUUCCAAACUGGCUGAAUACUCAAUGGAGAAGACGAAGAAUGACAAGUACAGCUUCACAAGUCAGAGCAUGACCUGCAAAUACUACAGCUAUCGCGUGUCCAACUCUCCCAAGUUGCAUAAGGAAUUCAAAAAAACAGUGAAUCAACUCCCCAAAAUCUACGACGCUAAAAACAAAGGACGCUUUUACAAACUGAUUGACAACUUUGGGACUCACUACAUCACCAAGGUGAAACUUGGGGGGAGUAUCCAAUCUGUGACCAGCAUCAGGGAGUGUAAGGCCAACCUCCAAGGCCUCAGUGUGGAGGAGGUGCAGCUGUGUCUGGACGUUGAGGCGUCCGCCAACGUCCACGUUGUUGAAGGAAAAACUGAAGUAAAGCACUGCAAGAAGAGUGGGGAUAAGAUGGACAGCAAGACAUCCUUCUCUGAAGUCUUUAAUGAGAGGUUCACUGAAAUUAAAGGGGGCCAUACAACACAGUCAGACCUCCUCUUCUCUGCUGACAAAGAUCCGUCGGCCUACACAGACUGGCUGAACACACUUCCACAGAACCCAGACAUCAUCUCAUAUUCCCUGGAUUCACUGCACGAGCUCCUGCCUCCUAAAAGUCAAACCCGGAAGAACCUGCGCUCAGCCAUCAGCCAUUACAUCCUGGAAAAGGGUCUGCUGAGGAACUGCAGCAGCUCUUGUCAGGCCGGUAUCAAGACUGACCCCAAAGACCCCUGUGUGUGCCAGUGUCACAAUAACCCCGCUGUAAACCACGACUGCUGCCCAACACGCAAGGGCAUGGCCAGGGUUAUCAUAACUGUCCAAAGGGCCUCAGGUCUGUGGGGAGAUCACACCACUGCCACAGACGGCUACGUUAAAGUGUUUUUGAAUAAGAUUUUGGUCCAACGCUCUCCUGUCAUUAUGAACAACAACAACCCACACUGGGGCAUGGUUGUGGACCUGGGUCCUGUGGAUUUGUCAGCGGGAAGCAGAGUGAGAUUUGAAAUGUGGGAUCAGGACAGUGGCUGGGACGAUGACCUGCUGGGAGAGUGUGAGAAAAUCCUGAGCGCUGGAGUGAAAGCGGAUCUGUGCGUCCUGCAGCACGGCAGGCUGUUCUACAAGUGGGAAGUGAAAUGUGCUCCGAGUCUGGGAGGAGAUUCAUGUACGGCCUAUGAACCUGCACCCAUGAAGCCAAGUCUGAAACACUGGUUUGUGUCCCGUCACGCCCAUCCUAUCCCAAAGAGCAUGCUGUUGAAGAUGGGUGUGUUUGUGAAUGAUUCAAACAGUCCGAGAAACCAGUCUUAUUACUGAGAGUCAAAGGAUCUAAUGACAUACAGUUCCAUUAUAAGGAUUAGUCUUUCAUUAAAAGUGAUGAUGAGCCUCAUUAGCCCCAUAAUUUGGAUAAUCUGUGGCUGCAAAUUGGAAAUACUCCAGUACAAGUAAAAAGAAAAGCAUGUUAUCAGCAAAAUAUACUUAAAAUAUACAAAUAGAAUAGAAUAGAAUAGAAUAGAAUAGAAUAGAAUAGAAUAGAAUAGAAUAGAAUAGAAUAGACUUUAUUGUCACUGCAAAAUACCUUAGUUCAGUGCAACAAAAUUUGGUUUUACAUUAAGUUAGGUACUCAAGUGAGUUACACACAUCAAUUAAACAUUUGAGAAUAAACUAUAAGUAUAAAACAGUUAAGAAAAAAAGACAAUGCAAGUGUAAAAAACAGCCAUAUAAAGCAUUUUUUUCUUUUUAAAAUAUAUAUAUAUAAUCUUCGUGCUUAUUCGUCAUUAUUCAUAACUAUAACUAUUACAUACGUGCAUUAAUGUGUAUGUUACAUGUCGCUGUGUUUAAGGUUGAGCUCAUUUUAACUACUUUAUUAACUGUUGGUCGUUUAAUCUAAAGCAGUGCAUCAUAUUCUGUGAAAUCAAUAUGUUUUUAGCAUCACUGUGUUGAAAGAACAAUGCAGGUAUCUCAAAAAAAAAGUCAACUUUACAUGGGCCUAAAAAAUCAGAGAACAAAUUUAGCUUAAAAAGUGUGAGAAAUUUGAAGAUACAUUUCUUCUUUUGGUUUAUCACAAGACAGGAAGGGUAAAAAAAAAAAAAACUUAAAUUCAAACAGUUCCUGAAGCUGUCAGACAAAUGUGGGAUUAAAAAUUAUAAUAUUUGCCUCUGAGAUGUAGUUGAAUGGGAGGAUAAAGGUAGAACUAAACCAUGUGUCACAACAGAGCACAUUUACCUCUAAUGUGAAAAUGUUAAUCUGAAAAUUAUAUGUAUGUAUAGAUGUUAUCAACUGGGAAAUUCACAUUUAUUGACCUCCAGGCCCCUCAUGUAAUCCCAUCCCCUUUUGUAUCUCUGAAAAGUCCAGAAAAAUCAACCCUGUUCUUUGUUUUCUAAUUAUAUAUUUACAUCAAGUCCAAGAGGGUUUUUGACUCAACACAGAGUUUGUCAUUAACAAUAAUUAAAAAAAACUGUUGGAGAUAUGUGGUUUUCAUUGGAUAUGACAGUGUCUUUAGGGACAAAUAUGUGGCGUAAUUUAUUAUUACAAGCAAAGCAUUUUCAGUCCAGGUUAAUUUGUAAUACCAAGGCUCCUCUGGCCUGUCAUGGACAAAAACAACCAAACUUAUUCUUUACACUUUAUUAAGUGAACAGUGUAAACAGUGCUCUCAAACAUGCGGCCUGGGGCCCAAAUGCGUCCCACCAAAGGCUCCAAUCCGGCCCCUGGGAUGAAUUUGUAAAGUGCAAAAAUUCCACAGUCAAGGCUCUAGAACUCAUUUUAGUUGUGAGUAUAUGAGGUCUGUAUAUGAGUUUACUCAUAUACAGACCAAUAUGAUCUACAGUCAGAUAAUAACAGCAGAAGAACCGAUAAAAAGAAUGACUGCAGAUUUUCUUCUUGGGUUGAUGUAA